UUGCGCCAGCUGAUUGAUGAAAACAAAGACGAAGAAGAAGCAGACGCAGACCAACACGUGCGAUUGUUUAUUGUGAAAUGGAACCGGGUAUUUGCUAUAUAAAACCAGAAUAUCUGGUGACUGAGCCCAAUAGUAGCAGUGAUGCAUUUAACACCGAAAACGGCGAGACCAACAAAAGAAAACGCGAGGAUGGCGAAUCUGAAGCCGGCGGAAAAAAGAAAUGGGACAAAAAGGAGCGCAAGCGUGGACAGAACAAGAAUCGACCAGUUUUCAAGGACGAACGCUAUUCGCAUCUGUGUCACUCGCUGAUCGAUGGAACCGGUGGAGAACCGUGUUCCCUGGCCAACUGUCGCUAUGUUCACGAUCUGGAUGCUUUUCUGGCCGCCAAGGGCGAGGAUCUGGGUGCCGAGUGCUAUGUGUACACCACCAAGGGAUAUUGUGCCCGCGGAGUGAGUUGUCGGUUCGCCAAGGCGCACACGGAUGACCAGGGCAGGAACCUCAAAAGGGAGGACUACGACGAGAAGGCUCCUCCAACCACAUUCAAUGGCGUUAGUUCAGAACUUCAGGUGCGCCUGCGAAAGCAUGAAUAUGAUUUUAGUCGCAGCAAGGAGCUCAUUAAAAUGGCAGAGAAGCUACGAGAUGCUCGAAAGCAAAAAGAGCAAAAGGAGAAGGACGCAAAACAGGAGGAGAAGCAACCUAAUGAGACCAGCGAUAAAAUGGAGACGGAACAACAGACGGAUACGGAUUCCAAGGAACCUGUCGCACAGGAUGGCCCAAUAGUAGCAAGUGAAACACCCACUGGAUGUGCAAUUGAUGAUUCACCAGUCGGCAGAGAUGCUAAUCAAAAGCCAGCCGUUGAUUUUCGCGAGAAACUCGUGCUGUCACCGCUGACCACGUUGGGCAACUUGCCCUUCCGGCGGAUCUGCAAGGAGUUCGGUGCGGAUAUCACCUGUGGCGAGAUGGCCUGUGCCCAGCCCCUGCUGAAGGGCAUGGGUCAGGAGUGGGCUCUGACCAAGCGCCACCAGAGCGAGGAUGUCUUCGGUGUGCAGCUGUGCGGAAAUAAUCCCAAUAUGAUUAACCAGGCGGCGCAGGUUAUUCACGAGACGGCCCAGGUCGAUUUCAUCGAUCUCAAUAUCGGUUGCCCCAUAGAUCUGAUCUACCAGCAGGGCGGAGGCAGCGCCCUGAUGCGACGAACCAACAUCUUGGAGCUGACCGUGCGCAGCUGUGCUGCGUUAUCCGAUCGCCUGCCGUUCACCGUGAAGAUGCGCACCGGCAUCUAUGCGGACAAGAGUGUGGCGCACGAGCUCCUGCCACUUGUCGAGGAAUGGGGCGCCUCGGCGGUGACCCUGCACGGGCGGUCCAGGGAGCAGCGCUACACCAAGCACGCCAAUUGGUCCUACAUCGAGGAGUGUGCCGCCAAGGCCAAGCGGAUGCCGGUGAUCGGAAACGGGGAUAUUCUCAGCUACGAGGACUAUGUGGAGCGAAGAACGCUGGCACCUCACGUCAGCUCCGUGAUGAUUGGACGCGGAGCGCUAAUAAAACCCUGGAUAUUCCAGGAGAUCAAGGAGAAGCAGGCCUGGUCUCCUUCUUCGGCACAGCGCUAUGAGAUGUUGCAAAAGUUCUGCAACUAUGGCCUGGAACACUGGGGCUCGGACACCAAGGGUGUGGAGACCACGCGACGCUUCCUCCUCGAGUGGCAGUCCUUCCUGUACCGCUACAUACCCGAAGCCCUGCAGACGGCUCCCCCUCAAAAGAUCAACGCUCGGCCGCAGAAAUACCGGGGACGCGACGAAAUGGAAACCCUCCUGAGUUCCGGCAACUCCGCGGACUGGGUGAAGCUCAGCGAAUCGUUGCUGGGUCCGGUGCCAGAUGGCUUCAGCUUUGUGCCCAAACACAAGGCGAACGCCUUUUAAAAUCCUAUUGUACAUAAUCAUUAUGUAUGUUUUAAAACUAUGAUGAAAUUAAAAACAUCAAUAUUGUUAAGAAUCCUUAAAAUAUUAAAAUUUAUGAAAAAUACUAUGCGACAUUUAAGUCA